AUGGACGACAUAAUUGGCUUUCAGCUGACUGGUCUGGGUAUAUGAUUUUUCUGAAAGUAGUAGCAGAAGAUAGUAUUUUUCUCCGUUCUCGUGAGCUUGGAAUUUUCUCUUUUCAUUGGUGCAGUCACAUAAAAAAAGUUAGAAAUUAUCAACAAGAAAGUUACUUCUGGUUUCGGUUAUGUACACUUUUCAACUUCACUCUCAAUACUAGAUAGACUCGCUGAAACUUAAGUAAGAUUCUCUAUAAUAAACCUUUAUGUUAUAUUUUUAACAUUUAAGACACCGAUGAAGUGGAGCAGAGCUCGGCCUGUUUAAGUUGCUGGAAGGUAGCAGUUUUGGUAGAAGGAGUCUUGCUUACUUUUUUAGCUGUAACUGUAGGGAUUUUAGUGUUAAAAGGCCGAGCUAAACAUAUCGGAAAAGGUACGUAGAUAAUCAAAAAAUGCAUUUUUUUUAGCCAACUCAGCUUUUAGCAUAUCGUACGUAACUUUAAAGUUGAUCAUCAACAUUCAACCCCUCUGAUUUGAUUUAGUAGGCAGUGCCGGAAUAAAGUGCACGUAAACUGUAAGUGCAGGCAUUGUACGUGUUAAUGCGAGGUUCUACCCUUUUUGCACUGUGACCUUAGCGGCAGUGCCAGAGCAAAAUGAUUGAAGAAACUACAGUGGAAUUUUAAUAGGUUUUACAGGAAGAAGCUAAAUCCGAUUCUUUCUGCUACUUGAUAAGAUGUUAUGAUGAACACUGUUACCAAAAUAACGUUUUCUCCUCACGCUACAGCUAUACCAUGUUUAUUUACAAGAGAAGUCUAUUUUGUGUUCUGCCAUGAUGCAUAAAAGGAACUCAUUAGAUGUAUUCCUUUUGAUUUAAACCCCGAUACCGUAACUGACUGAGAACGAUUGCUUUCCUUUUGUUUUUUCAUUUUAAAAAUAUUCUGGGUCCCAGCAUUCGUUUUUGAGCUCGGAAAAAUCUUCUUUCAGUUUCUUAUUUAGAACUAUAAGCUUUUAGGCUGCAAAUUAACAAAAAAGACUUUUUAUUGAUUACAGAUGUUUUCGCCGGAGUUAGCUUAGAACAUAGCCUGCAAACGAAUAAUCUUAACUUUUCUUAUUCUUCCUCUUUCCGUUUGUCUUUCUUUAUACAGCUGCAAGGGAUAAAAAUACUGAAAGGUACAGCUCCUGCCAAAGUACAUUCCCGGGGGCCAAUUUAAUAAAACUUUUACGAGUGUAAUUUACAAGUGUGGCUAUUCUUUUUAUAUACAGUAAAAUUAAACAAAAGGUACAAUUGUAAAUUACACUUCAUAGUUGUCAGAACAAACAUUACGCGCAAAAUGUCUCUAUGACCAUUUGCACCGACAAAUUAAACCAUUCUUCAAUAUGCGGACUUCAAAAUCCAAAACGAACUCGCAUUUGUCUUUUCCUAAGGCUCUUUCGUGAUUGGUUCAGUACAAAUCAUGUUGAAUCAGUGACAAGACGGCCACUAAGAGUUGCGUUAAAGAAAGGAUCAUCCCUCUCCACCCCACUCAUUCCUUAAGUGAAGGUAGAAUAGAUUCAAAAGAGGCUGCUUACCACCCCUGAGCAAAAAUUCAUAAAAUCCAUAGUAAUUAAAUGGAACUUUGCGGUAACCAUACACAUUUUGUAGUUACAAAGCUCCUCUGUCGUCCUUGAGAUUUGUCUGCGUUAUAUGUCGAAUACUGUGCGCUGCUGAGGAUCUGCAACUACAUUUAAGCAGCAUUCUGAAUUUGAAUGGUGGCCAUCUUAAAAACAAAAACGAAAACACGGCUCAAAAAAUGUUCUCCAGAUUUACCUCUCCUUUACGUUUCAUGUCUCAUAACUUAUGAAACUAAACUAUAAUAUAAAGUGGCUUGGAAAAAAAUUGACGUCACACAAUUACAAAGAUUUGUACAUAGUCUUAUUUUAGUACUGUCCAUAUUGUCAUAUUUUUAUAUUAUAUCUCAGUGUUUUGGGGUUUCUUCUAUUUUUGUUUGUGGCAAUUGCUACCUGGAUAAUAGCAGCGGUACUUUCAACAGUCCUGGAGAUAUCCAUUUUGGAUAUAUGAUGAAGUCACUGAUGAUUGCAUCUUGGAUCUUCAAACAAAAAUCAAUAUUCGCAACGCUUUUGAGCUGCUAUUAUUUUGGUUCCUUUCAUUUAUGCCAUGAGACCACACGUUACUUGUAAAGGAACAUCAGAGGAACAUGUGAAACAAAAGAAAGAUGGCGUGCGUCUCUGCAACGCAGAGAAAGAUCUGCCGAAAGUGAAUUCAACGGUUGUGUUUUUGAUGCAUUCUGACUGGAGUGGUCUUUGAAUUCUUGCAAAUUUCAGGUAUGUAAUAAUUUUUUCUGGUUUUGAAAAAAAUUACUCCGAGAUACUAGAGCAAAUUUGCUUGUUGCUUAUUCAAACAAAAUCCAUAUGUACAUAUGACACUUUAGUUCAUAUGCACGGCCUUUGAAAAUCUGUGAAGUGUGUAAUUUCUGCGCCAUUACUGAUUCACUGUAUGAGCGUUUCGUGGAUCGUAUUCUAAACUCAGUGCUGUCAACUCUCUCGGAUAAUCCCAGAGACUCCAGAUUUUGGACUGUAUCUCCCGGUCUCCAGAUUAGAGUCUGAUAUCUCCCGGAUAAUCGCCAAAGUUGCUAUUUCUUGUAGACUCCACUUUCCGACCAUAAAUUUUUAUAUAAUUUGCGUUGUUUGAGCUACUGUAACAUGGAACGUUUCCCCAUAAAUUCCGGUAUGCCACUGUAAUUUAAGCGAUAAUGUGCUAAAUAUGAACUGUUUAUGUGUUAUAUUCGUCGAUCGGAAUCAGCGAGCAUUUUUGGCACAAAUGACGUCAUUUUUCGUGCGAUAUGACGUCAUCUAUCAUCUCUCCCCUAUCAAUUCUCAAUAUUUGAUGACGUGGGGGGUUCAUAGCCCUGUAAACUGAUCUUUGGUUUUGUUUAAUUUGGAAUUGUUCGUGUUGCAAGGCGUUGCAAUUUUUUUUUCUCUUAAAUCCAAAAUCCGUAGAUUACACUAUGGAGCAUUUCAAACUUUAGCUGAGCGAAUCAGUCUUAUCUUUGCUAUUGUUUGGGUCACAUUUAGAGGUCAUUUCCUGUCCUCUUUGUAAUUGUUUUGUCCGUGAACUGUGAUGAUUUCCUGCGAGGCUUUGUCACGCGUUCUUGUAGGAUGUUGAAUUCUCACGGGUAGCGAUCUACAUAUCCGAAUUUACACCGUAUAAAAAGGGGCCUGUGGGCCUAAACGACUGUUUAUACCUUAUGAUGUAAAAUGUCUCUGUUUCCGAUUAUUUUCUUUCUAGCGGGUAGAUUAUGCUGUAGAGAAAAUUUUAUUUUUUUUCACGUACCGUGGAUGCCAGAGGCUUUUCAUGUGCGGUUUCCGGUUCACUCACGGCUUCGCCGCUCGUGUCUUCGGCCUUCGGCCGAACACGCGAGAAAAAACCUCUGGUACCCAGGGUAGGUCUCACGUUGACAGAUCAUGAAGCUGACCUGUUUCAGGCAUAUUGAUUAAUUAUUUCUCGUCAUUUUUGUUUCUUACAGGUUUUAUCUCUGAUGCGAUACAAUUUAAGCAUUUUCUUUGGCUUCGGUUCGAGGAUCACGACGUUUAUAUGAUGAAUUUGUACUGGACAGAAUUAGCUCCACUCUUCUUAUUUUGUUUCCGCAGAUAGCCUCAUUACAAAUGGCCGAAAUCAAAAAUUUGUUUAACUUCUACUCAUUUCCAGUAGCUCUCGGCCAAAUUUACUUUGUUUUGGUUUUGAUCUCAACCAAUCACAAAGCAGGAUACCUAUAUCCAGAAAUUGAUAUCUCCCGGACUGUUCAAUACUGUAAUAAGCUAAGUGUAUUAGACCACUUCAUAUUUAUUUAAUUUACAGAGUACUCAAUAAAUCGUUUGUAAUUUAUUAUUAAUUAUUAGAUAAUUAACCUUCCCUCAAUAUUUUGUACGUAUUUGUAAAUUACUUUGUUAUAGGCUGUUCUUUAUUUAUAUAAGUAUAUUGAUUUAAUUAAUAACUAUAGUAACUAAAUCUAAGGUAAAGAGGAAGUCUCACCUAUAAGCCUUCAUGCAUGGCCUCUUGAGACUUCCUUUUCCCUUCAUUUAUAUGUAAAAAAGGCGAAAAAAAAAAUCAAGAAAACAUCUCUUAACAAAGGUUACUACUACCACGACGACGGCACUGAAUUGGACGUCCUACAUGGACCAAAAAAUAUAUAAAAUAUACAUUUCAUUAGAUUGGCUCCUGAUUUCAGCAGUUUGAUUGUACUUCUUCAGCAUUAAGCUUGGAGUGAAGAAUACCUCAUUGUUGAAUCCAGCAAAGGAUACACAUAGACGACAGGCUGGUGUGUCUGAUGAAAACGAAGAGGGAGGGUGUGAAUACGAAAGAGUACAACCUUAUGGCAUGGAAUGUGGAUACGCCACGUUGCACCGUCUUUCAAAAGUAAGUUGUUUUAUUACAGAAGAAUUAAAGAGUUAUGAAAUCUCUUUGUCCCCUUAGUGCUAGGAAAUUUCUAGCUGUUGACCAGUCCCGGUACUGCCUGUGAUACUGCCCUGACAUUAGAACAAACACGUACCGCCGGCAGCAAGGAACAUGGCAGGUCUUUUCCGUCUGCGCGCUUAUGAAGUUGAACUGUAGUCAGUUUUGUAUGACCCUGGAGACUGGAUUGGCCUCUGUUACCGAUGACUGCUGUCCUCAUAUCCACGGAACAGUAUCCCAGGCAGCAAGGGCGGUUAAGUAGCAGGUAGCUCAGGUGCAUAUAAAAACUGUAAAAACUGUGCCCAACUAUCCACUUUGAUGUGCUGCGUGGGUGUCCAAGGAGCGCGGGGGGGGGGGGAAAAAAGGAAAUUUUUUGUUUUCUUUUCGAAUAAGCUUAGCUGUCCUGGGCGGAAGGAAAUCUAGGUUUCGUCAGUCCUGAUUAGUAUCAUUAUCAUUAUCAUUUCAAGCAUAAAUAAUGUUCCAGCAUUCAAUCUAUCAACACUCGAUUUCAAUGUUCAAUGUUUCAGAAACCAGGAGAAGGCUUCUACACCUCUCUUACAGCAUGCGACAGGGGAGCCUGCAGUGACUCACCCAUAUAUGUCAAUCAAGUGCCUUCUUCUCAAUACACGUCGAAUGGGUGAUUUUCUGGCACUGAAAAUCCGGCCUGCUUAGAUUGCGGGAUUAGCGGACGAGUGUUGUUGUUGUUACUUGGGACUGGGAGCAAGUCAAAAAUCUAUUCAUAUAUCGAUCAUGUUUAAUCAUAUAUGUUAAAAGUUCGUCCUCCAAGACAUUAGAGCCUUUAUAAAAAAAAUUAAUAUUAUAGUCGAUCAUUUAGUAAUUUUUUAGUUUAUCUCAUUUAUUCGAACAAGUUGUAGAUCGGAUGGCAAAAAUUUAAUUCAAAAUAAAUUGUAAUUAAUACUGAUUUUUUAUUGUCUAAGUAAACUUGGCAGCUGAUCGAGGCUGUGGAGUUGAGGCCGGUAAACACAAAUUUGGAUAUAUUUACUGAAUUAAUAAUGAUUUAUUGUGGCCAAAAGUGUUGCUGAAAAAGACAAGCAUACUUUGAAUGGAGAUAAUCUCGAAGUCACCAAAGAGAUGGCUGAAAAACACAAGGAAGCUGCCAAGACCAUCAUGGUCACUUACCUUGCAGCAAAAACCACUGAAGACUCCCUUUGGAACUACUUUGAAAACGAGCGGCGAUCUGGUGGUGGAGCGGUAGAAAGUGUAACUAACAUCAUUAUUGGUACACAGGUCUACCACACAAGUGGAUUGCUGAUUAGCAAGAAAUUGUAACAUCAGAAAUAUCCUUGUCUCUCUACUACACAACCUAAUAUUUAGCCCUUGAAUUGUUGGUUUUCACUGUCACGCUAUCAAAAAUAAUAGUGAAGUAAUAAUAAUAACAAUAAUAAAUAAAUAAUAAUAAAGUCAAGAAUCUGGGAAAAGAAGGUUACUUAUGUAAAGAUUCAGGUCAGACGUACUAAGAAAUGGAUAAACCUUCAUCUUGUUUCAUUUUUAUAUUUAAUAUAAAAGGUCAAUUACAAAGUACCUUACAAGAGGUACUUUUAAGCACCAUAACACCUUCGCUAACCGAAAAUGAUUCAAUUUUGAUAUACGCUGACAAGGUGAUUCAAUCCAUGCAAAUUUGAAUUCGUCUCCUGCGUUCAUGAAGAAGGAAGUGCUCCACAAAAGAAAAUGAACUUAAAUUCAAGGAAUAGUUAAUGUGAGGUUAUUGUUCGACUCGUGACGUAAGGCCUGUUUCAAACGUCGUGCUACUGCCGUGCUUAGCUGGCUCGACUGUAGUUCGACUGUAGCACGACACUAGCACGACUUGGUUUCAGACGUCGAAUUUAAUUCAGUCGAAUAGAACGGCUGUUGCCGAAAACAAAACACAAAAAUAAAGAAACGGUUUAGGAAACUUUUAAAUGUAUUCUAAUAUAUUUAUAAUUUAUGAAUUGAGUUCGGCAGGGCAGUAGCGCGACGUUUGAAACCAAGUCGAGCAACUGCCGUGUAGCACGGCAAAGCUUACCGUGCUAUACGGCAGUAGCACGACUUGGUUUCAAACGUCGCGCUACUGCCGUGCUAAGGUCGGAUUUAAUUCGAUCAAUUUAGUUCGGCACGGCAGUAGCACGACGUUUGAAACGGGCCUAACCCAUGUAACAUGAGAUUUCUCAUCAUUGAAUAACAAGGCUUGAGCCCGGGGGCCUUGGGUAUUUUUUGGGUAUGUGCCGCCCUGGACUCCAAAUUGGCACCCGUUCGAAAAAAAAUUUCCCCUAAAAUUGAUUCCGCUUUCUAGAAAUGGGUCGAUUUUUUGUACCCCGUUCUAGAAUUCGCCCUAAAACUGAUAUCCCGUUCUAGAAAUGGGCCCAUUUUUUAUACUCCGUUCUAGCGGUGCAACUGAAGAGUACAACAGUUUGCUUGUUAACGCAUUAAACCGUAUUUUUUAAAGCAAUCUGUCCUUGAAUAAUUUCAAAUGGCUGCCUACAAAAGUGGCACUUUUGUGCGUUCGAAAUAGUAUACCCCGUUCUAGAAAACGCGUCUGAAAUGGAUACCCCGUUCUAAAUCAGGAGCUUCAAAAUCACGACCCCUUUGGGCGGCACAUACUCGUAUAGGUAAUGCAUGGGAGUACCCCCCCCCCCCCGGGGGGCCUUAAGUCACCGUCAACGAUAGUCAUCAUUCUACGCACCGCUGAAGUUAUCCGUGGAUCUGACCGUCAUUCCCAUGCUAAAAUUAGGUUCCAAUACUUCUUGCGAAAAACUAUUUUGUGUCAGAAAAAACUCUUCGUCGCUGUCCAUGAACGCCACUAUAACAUGAAAGCAUGCACCGACCUACUGAAUAAUCGAAUGCUCAAAACGACUGAACAACGAAACCAAACAAAAAAACUCCCUUGAGGACACCACAAAACGUUUCUCAAAACCUUGUCAAAAUCUCACAAUUUUGUAACUUUUAUUGUUUUUCUUUUAAAACUCGAUCAAGGUGUGAGUGUGCACGUGGCUAGUGCCUUGUUUUCUUGAACGAAAGGUCUUAAUUAAUGAAUCAUGGUAAAACUUUAAAAUUCGGUUCAAUUUUUAUAAUAUUAUGACACAUGUGACACAUACAGACACAUGCGUUUUACAUUUGAUAAAGAUCUAUCAGGAAUAAUAUCAUGAAAUAAGUUUGACUGAAAUACCUCGAGCGUCGUUAUUAAUCCAUAUACAUCCCUGGCCCGUAGGCCCUCGGGAUGUCAUUAUGGAUUAAUAUCUCCGUCUCCGGUAUUUAUCUUUUAAUUAUCAAAUAUGGUUUAUAUAUUUUCUUUUUCAAAAUCAAGGACGUUGUCACACAUACACAUCUAUAAAUCAACAUCAAGUGGCAAAAGCAACGAAACGAUAAAUAAUCACAACUCUUCUGCCCCACAGGAAAAUUUUCAAGAAUGUUACUUGAAAGUGAUGAGAAGAUCCUGUAUGAAACCGAAGUGAACACUAGUGCAUUGAAAGCAGUAUUGAUGAAAAGGAGAUUGACUGUGUUGAAAAUUUACAGUUCUUCUUGUUUUUUUUUUCUUCCUUUCUUCGCGCUUCUUUAACGAUAACAAAGAUCGACAGUUAUCAAGAUAAAAAACUAUUUACAUGAUGGCGUCAUUUUAUCACUACGACCAAAAUCCUUGUGCAAAUUAGAGUUUUGUUUAUUUGAACCUCGCUUAGCCUGCAGGCAAACCCUCCAUUUGGGUGAGUCGCGAGAAGUCACGCGAGAGCCGCACUCUAUAGGAGACGCGAGUGUGAGGAGCUCUGCUCGCCAUGAUUGGAGAGCUUGGUCGCAGGUUAAACCUUGCUGGGAUUACCAAAUUUGAAGAUGAUGGAAAAAAGAAAAGAAUUCUGGUAGUAGUAGUAGUGACGUCAUCGUGCAGAUGGCCUAUUAAAGUAAAAAGGGAAUACGGGUAACAUAAAAUUGUGUAACGAAAUCGAACGAACAAUACAGUUGCUGAAAAAUAGUACUUAUUUAAUUGUGCUCUUUCGUUUUGCAAGACACAUGUACAAAGCCAGUCUGAAAACAGUAUUCCUUAUAAAUAUAUUAACGCAUUGUGUAGCUGAAGCAUUAGCCAUCACACCAUGCGCGUACCAACUGAUGUUUUUCAUAGUUGGAAUUUGGAAAGGAGCCAGCACUGCAGGACUUGAGAUCGGGGCAUCAGUCACCUCGGGAAACUCUACAAAAGCAGGAAUUCAGGAAUUUAAUACGCAGAAUACACCUAACAAUUAUCUGAUAUCUAUCAAAACAUUUGCUCGUAAGUUUUACGAAAGUUUUUUUUUCCUAGACCUCGACACUUUCGACUUCAAGUAAUUAGCUCCACGGGGAAGUGCGUUUUUUUCCUUUGGUUCAAUGUAUUCCCAGGAACACCAAACAACCUGGAAUAACUCUAAAAAAUUCGCAAUGACAGGUUAAAUGUCUGAAAAAGACAAACAGAAACCUGAAAUUUAAUCUGUCAUUUGUUGUAUCCCCAAGUGUUCCGGAGUACGUGUUUUCCUCUACCGAGUUUUGGUACAUGCAGACAUUGCCAUACCUCAUUAUUUAUAUUAAGAGAGGAUUUACAUUAGAGCAACGCCUAUUUUUGGCGUCACCCCAGCUGCUCAAACACCAUUUAAUUCAUCGGUUGUUGGCUUUGGCCAAGAAAUUUUGUUUGAGCCUCUGUUGAAGUAUGAGCAGCUUAAUCUUAAAAAUUAUGAUGAAGCUGAUAAUGUUCGCUUCUCUUCAGCUUGAUCUUAUGUACGCCAAAGGUAAGUUUAAACAAUUAAGGGUCGUAUAGUAUCGCCCUUCUAGUAGGCCCAGGGUUCUUCACGAGUAUAGCAUCACUACAAUGAUUAUUUGUAUUGCAGUAUAGAAAUGCUUAUUUGAGGAAGUGAUUUAAUUAUAUCCUGAACAGUUAAUAUUAGUGAUAAAAGCAAUUCUGUAGUAAUCUUUGCCACUGCAUCUCUGGAUACUAUACUGGAAAGCAAUUUAGGUACGGAGGGAAUGCGGAUGAUACGAACACAGAGUCUGACAUACUUCUUUAUUUCAUUGCCUAUUUCCUAUCAGUUACUAAUUCAGCCCCGGCAAUCAGAACCUUCUACUCUAACAAUCAAACUAUCGUCGCUGAAAAUUCAUGCCAUUCGUAUCCAACCCGUAAAAGCACUGAGAGGAACAAAGUCGCGUUUCAGAGUACGCGUAUUUGUCGGAGACUUUUAAGAAGUAACGCAAUUUUCAAUAUCAUGGUUAUUUGUAUUUCGAAGGGGCUAAUCGGAUAGAAUGUUCGCCUAUGACUUUCUCGAGCAACGUGGCUGAGAAUCGCAGAGAGAAAAAGAGCGAACAAAUUAAAAUAAAAAUAUAAGGAAGAAAAAGUAUGACCAAAUAUAGGCUUCAAAAGCGGAAUAGGUGAACAAUUAAAACUAUUGUAGGCUAUUUUCAAUUUGGCAGAUACGAGCAAUAUCUCGGGGUCUAAACAUGACCUAUAAGCUUCAAUCAGUAGAUUGUAGAAACUGAAAGAGAUUAUUUGACUGACAAAUAGAAUUUUUAUUGUUUUCUCCCUUGCCUUUGGUGGCUUAAUAUUAGCAUAUAAAUGGUAGUCUCUCAUGAAAUCUGUUAUGUACCAAUGAUUGUUAUGUAAUACCAGAAGGCACGUGGCGGUCACGGGUCAGGGGUAUGGGAGAUUUCAUUUUAUUGAACCCCCACUAAAUUGUGUCACGUUCAUGACUUAUUACAUUACCGUAUUUAUUCGAUUAACCGCCCUGGGCGCUUAUUAAAUUUUUGGACCUUGAGAGUGGGCGCUUAUUCGAGGCUGGGCGCUUAUUAAAUUUUCACCAUUUUCAGCAAGUGAAGUAUGUUUAUUUUGCAACAAAACAAUAAAUGCUAAUAACAAAACGCGAAGAAGUAACAAAGCAAGGUUUCUGUAAAAUACCCUGAAGAGAACUCCAUCCUCGGGGAAGUCUCUUAUUAGAAUUUAUUCACUCAAGUGGGUGGGUUGGGGGUGAGCGCUUAUUUGAGUUUGAUUGGGAGGAGGAGGGGUGGGCGCUUAUUCGAGGUUGGGCGCUUAUUAACUUUUUCUGCCUUUAGGAUGGGCGCUUAUUCGAGGUGGGCGCUAAUUCGAGGUUGGGCGCUUAUUCGAAUAAAUACGGUACUUUAAAAGCUGCCAUUCAUUCCUGCUCUCUUUGGUGAACACGUUUGAUUCAGGACGUUUUUGGCAAAAUCCUUUCUUCACGUGAGUUCGGUUGGAUGUCUAAAGCUUUCAAUUUUAUCCGGCAAAAUGAGCAUCUUUCAAGAAGGGCGUGAAGUUUUGAAAUAUUUGUUUACAUCAAACAGUCCAAAAAGUGAGACUUGAAAUGACUACUCAUGUACAAUCAAAUUAAUAAUGAGCAACAGUGAACACAGGUGGCCCAAACUCACGUUACGAGGGAAGGGUGUAAUGUAAUUCACAUACCAUAGGUGACUCGCCGGUGUCGCGUUACAUUGUGACAAUUAGCACUUACACGACGGGUGCCAGGUCGGAAAUGACACGUCAACUAGGCUCUCGCAGUGUGAAAAAGCGUGUCCUUGCACCCGUCGUGUAACUGCAGAUUGUCAUAAUGCAAAUUAGUUGGUAGGCGCAACGCAAAAAUUUUUUUGGGAUCACUUUCUUGGGAACCAGGCUGAAAUCAGCAACCAAGCCUCCUGAUGGGUUGGACGCCCUGCGCUCAGAUCCCCUUGACGAUUAGAAGUGUGAAAGCAGGGGUACUGGGUACGGAAUUUUUUUAAACUUUCGCGGGAAAGAAAUUAUCUCAUCGAAUGUCGCUGUAUGUGUACACGAACGUCCGGUCUUUGCGUUACUCUUUCUUCUUCGAAUUAAAAUUUUUCAUUCUGACAGCAGUCGCUUCCGAAAUGAAUCCAAAGGGAAUUUCCAACCUCGGGAAUACUUGCUUUUUGAAUAGCGUCCUUCAAGGUCUCCUGUCAGUGACCUGUUUUGUAGAAGGACUCGCUGGCGUGAAGCACAAUCGGAAGAAGUGCAACUCAUCGAGAACAGGUAUUGAAAACCUUCAUUGUCGUAAAUACAUACAUGCAUAUAUAAUCUUUAUUUAAACACGAUAGUUUUUUUGGGGGGGGGAUAAUAAUAUGAUGUAAUUAUAUCUGUCCAAAUAUCAUAAAGUCAAUGAUGUUGUAGUUGUUAUAGCUUUUAAAGCUCUUAAAGCUUGUGGGGUCGUGUAUAUCACCUCAAAUUAAAUUUGAACUCCAAUCUAUACAGAUGCCGAUAAUUUUUCAACAGUGAUUGAAAACAGCUAGUCUUAGUUUGUCAGGAUCAAGGUUAUACAAGAGCACAAAAAACAACUAAAGUCUAAUUUCGUAGAACUUAGAAGUUUAUUAUUAUAUUUUAAGCUUAUUUCAUGCUUAAAAGGGGUUGAACAAUGCACAUUGUAAAUUUAUCAAGCAAAAAGAGAAGAGUUACAACUCAAAUAUUAAAACACUGCCUGCGACUUACCAUUCGGUAUUACAUGUAAAAGUUUCCAGCUUUACUGCAAUAAAACCUCGGCUGCCAGCUAAACUUGACCGAACAUUGCAUAGAAAUGGCUGAGAAAGGAUUGGAAACUAAAUGGGAAGGCUUGGUUACUAUUCUAAGCUUAGUUUCCAAGCUCCCAAGGAAGUGAUCCCCAAAAAAAUUUUUGUCACCUAUGGUAAGUAAUUCCCUCGUAACGUGAGUUUGGGCCGCCUGUGCAGUGAACGUGACAAGCAAGCAAGCACAAAAGACGAUAACAACAACAACAAAAGCAAUGAUGGCGUUCCUUUUAUAUUACAGUAACGGUUGAAAGUUAAAAUAUUUUAUUUACGCCUUAAAUCAAAACUAAUACAUGUGGAUAAAUAAAAGAUAAUUAUUGUCGUACAAGCAGUUUCUGUUCCUCAUCACGACCGCCCAAUCAGUUGGUAGGGCAACAAUGCGCCUGCGCUCGUUUCUCCGAGGAUGCAGAACUUCAUAAAAGAGCGAGAAAUUAAAGCUCAGGGCUAAAACCUCCAACAACUUCUUUCUUCGCCACCCUAUUCCCGCUCCCUCGAGAUGAAGCAACCUUUUCUUUUACAUUACAGAAACGUGCCCAUUGAAAAACGUCGCCCGUGAAAAGUGGGGUACCCAUUAGGCUUUGCGAGCAAAAACGAGGUUUCAAAGACUGCCGUCGUUUUCGGUCUCUUAUGAACUUCAUAACGGUUAACUAUUCUCACACUUUCAAGAGACAAUGCAGAAACAAUAGAAGUAGGUUCAUUGCUACAAAGAAGAAAAUGUUUAAUAUGCAAAGAGAAGCAAGUUUUUUUCCUCGUGCACUAACAUAAAACCCUCGCGAAUCCGGUGGUCUCGUGCAAAUUGUAUCGAUGGCAAAACAGUUAAAACUAAUCAGAAACCAAAGUAUUCUUCACUUAAAAACUCAUCUUCACGAAAAUCACUCGAUAAGAUUGAAUAAAAAUGUUUGCAGCGUUUAUAAAUUUUAUUAUCAGAAGCCGUAUUGUAGUUAAUCGUAGUUGUUUUCAAAAGACGGAUUAGAUCGCUGUUUUGGCUUGGCCAUUAAAUAUGUAGUUAUAGCGUUCUUAAAGAAAGUAUCGCUCUUAAUUUUGCCUUAUACUGUGCUAAAAUCAAUAUCUUAAAUGAAAAAUGUAAGUGAGAGUGCUUUUUCGUCGAAUUUGCCCGUAAAUUUUAAGGUUUAUAAUAUUAUCCAAAACCCACGACAAAUAUAAACAAACUAUUAAAGCAUCGGUUGCGCUCAUAUUUCAUCGAUCGAUUCGAGCCAUGAAGUUUGUAAAACGUAAAAAUUCGUUUUAACUCAGUGCAUUGAAUUACUUACGGCAAAAUCAACAACAAUCAUCGAGGAUUUUUCAAUUUUGAAGCGUUUAACAGCAAAAAGUCACAUGCUAAUUCGGAGUAAAAUUAGACAGUUUUUAAACAGACUGAGCUAUUGUUAGUCGCGUGAAGUUCUAUUCUUCAUCGAAGACAUACGGACAUACGGUUUAUUUGCCUCCUUCAGAAAAAAUGUCAAGCUAGCUGAGUCGUGUACUGACGCACUUCUUUAUCUUUUUUCAGAAAGGAAACGAAAAAUAAAAAGACAUUUAGUAUCAUUAGGGUGCGUUAAAAAUAGUUUCCUCCCUUCUCAACGCCCAGAUGGAAAGAAAGCGCAACGGGAAGUGAAUAAAAACUUCCGUCAGAACACGCGCGUGUAAUCUGAUUGGUCGAUGAAAGAAUGCUCACUUCAAGUCACGUGUCCAAAUAGUCACUUCCCGUUCAUCUGAUGGAAUGACUUUUUUCCGUCAGCCCAAAAACUUGAAAGCAAAAAAUGGCCAUGUUUGUUCGUCAAGGAGCUUAAUCAUGGACUUUAUUUCUUCUUUUAAUGUACACAGGUAAAAUUUUCAUUUUUGUAUUAAUGUUAGAAUGACUUUAGAUUUUCGCUGUGCUUUAGAUGGUAAGACUUAUCUGCAGAACUGCAGACCGCGGAGCAGCGGAACAGGCGGAACCGGCGGAACCUAAAGAAAUGACUGUUUUAUUACAACUGCCUUUGGCUAACGUGAUAAAAUAAUUAGUUACAAUUAUUUUUUUACAAUGACUGAACAAUUUCUCACCCGCUGAUUGGCCGAGAGCUUAUAGGAUGAUUUAGCAUCAGGACGGAAACGUCAGUUGAUGACGGGAAAGCGCACGGAAAGGACUAAAUACGACUUCCGGUGCCCAAUUUGCCGCUCUGGCAUUGGUCAAGCCGGUUGUUUCAUUUGCGCGCGCCGUCGUCCCGAAUGACGUUUCUGUUCUGUUGCUAAAUCAGCCUGCUGUCAAUAACAGUACAGACCAAAGAAAACUUUUGUCCAUUUCGGUUUAGUAUCAGUUUAGUAUCAGUUUAGUAUUACUCUGGUUCCAAAACAGGAAGUCCUCGAAUCGCAGACUUCCGGCUUGUUAGUAGCCGUCGGAAGGAAACGAGCGGUAUAGAUUUAAACACAGUACAAUGAGAACUAUGAGGAUCGAUAUUAUUGGCGCCUGCCGUCACUUCAAUUGACCGCUGUACAUCCACCAUACACAAAGAAUCUUUGCGACCUCCUCAAUUUCAUUCUCACUAUAAACGUAUUAUUCCAUUUACCUAAAUACCCUUCAUCCCACUAUUAAAAUCAUACUGGUCAAACUGCUCAUUCAAAUUUUUCUCCUUUCUCUACGUAAAGGUGUCCCUCCAUGAUGGUAUCGAUCAUUGAAAUUGUUCUUUCUACAGCCGAACAUCAGUACCUUUUACAUUCAUCAUGUCACCCCUUACGGACUAAACGAGCUUUUCCAUUCAGCCUUGCCCUGAGAAUACGACGCAUAUGUUCCUCCAACCAGGAGAUACAACGUGUUCAUAUAUACCUUCUCAAAGUCAUUAAUAAUUCAUUAAGAAAAUACAAAGGAAAUUAAUGUUUAAUGAGUGUUUGGAAAUCGGAUGAAACACUGCUUAGUAUUUGCAUCCUUAAUUUCUCCUUCAAAAAUGAUUUUGUUUGAGAAGAAAUAUCAAACAUUCGACACAGUGUUUCAUCACCAGAUGAAACACCUCGAAGUUCGUCAAAAAUACUCCGCUGCGCGUCGUAUUUUCAACUCUCUUCUCGGUGUUUCAUCUGGUGAUGAAACACUGCAUCUCAUGUUUGAUAUAUUACAUCACACACUCUCACUCAAGCGACUCACCCACGCGUAUUCUUCUAGUUGUCGGAUACCACCGAGCCAUUCGCUCAAUAUCAUCUAUAUCUCACAAGCGCGUUUACAUUCUCUCAUCCUCCCAACUUUGUGCUACCUUGUUUAAAUAUAUACCUCUCGUUUCCUUCCUACGUACUAAGAAGCUGGACAUUCGCUAAGUGGACUUCCCGUUUGGAACCAGAGCUCUCGAUUAAUGUUAUGGUGUUAUACACCGUUCAAAGUCCUCUAUUUUUCGGCAAGAUCGUCUAGAGAGAACGCUACAGGCGGCCAUUUUUACCGGGUCUAGCUUGAACUAUACUUAAAGGAUGAGCGGACGGUUUGGGAACCCCGAAGCCCGAGGGUUUCCCAGGGGUUUGGGGGAACAAGGGAAAAAGGGAACAUGAGCCUUUUUUUAGGGAACAGGGGAACAAAACUGUACAAAUUAGAGGACGAAAACAUUUUGAUAUAAGAAAUAAAGAGCGUUAUUUCUGAGAGAAUAUUUAUGGUCAUUUAUGCUCCACUGUCAUUGGUUUUGUCUACUUUAUUCAAGAGAUCACAAGAACUCAAACAAAGUCACGGCUCUCAGUUGGGAGUCUGGGUACAAGGUUACGAGGGUCACAAGUUGACGGGAAUCUGUUGUCACAGAUUGCCAAGAUGGCGGACAGAUCGUUUGCCAAUCGUGUUGUGCUGCCUGUCACUGAUGCGACUUAUAGAAAUGUCGAACAAAAACCAGCAAUGCGUUGGUCCUUUGAAAUGGAAGUAGGGGCAAAAGUGACAAGAUGUUGCUUGAUUUUAUUUUUCGAGUUAGAGAAGGAUUUGGUAUUGUAGAUCAGUGUAGCCAGCUAAACAUAGCGAGAUUCAGAGUGACGAUCAGUGUAAAAGACUUUCAAGUCACAGCGAACUGUCCAAAGGGCAGAGUAUUUGCGAUUGAUUCCCAAGAGCAGUGGAAUGCAGCGAUUUCCAAAGUGAUAACGAAGGAGCAGGAGUUAAUUGAUAGGUUUCCUUGAUCUGGCUUAAGCUUUAUAUUUAUGAUCAUUCAUUACCCGUGUCCAAAUUAUUGUCGAGCGAUUCCAACUUAAUUUUUUUCUGUGUCAAAAUAUGUGCUAACUGGUCAUUUCCCAAAAAUGUUAUGGUAUCUGUCUUUGUAAUAUAGUGAAGGUGUAUGAGAUUGAGUUGAAAGCUGCUUAUACCCACAUCAGCAAUUCAGCACAGGCGAAGCGGACUGGCACAUCUGUAGAUGGAAAUCCUAUGCCGACAGUGCCUUCGAAAGUAGCAAAGUCAGCAAAGCCUGGCUGCCCAAAAGCAGCUCAUAGGAUUGAAGAUGAAAGGCUGUACAAAUCUUUAUUUAAAUCUCUUUUUAACAGAGCAGCCUACAAGUCAGUCAUUUGCUUUCGGUAA